AUGGCGAGUGCACCUGCAGCCACCGUCCCCAUGCUGGCUCCGCCUUUGGAGCAGUUUCGGAACUUGGCAGUAGAGCUGCGGUUGCUAAUUCCUGGAGUGCGGGUCGGCGAAGCCAGAGAGACCACCGAGGAGUUUAAUCGGGAGAAGUUUUGGAAAAGACUCAAUGAGGCAGCUAUGGAAGUGUCAAGGGAAGCCAUGACUCUGAUAGCCUUCUCCCGACUUCCACCGCCAUCUCCAUCGCCUCAGGAGACCCAGAUGUUCUGUGAGCAAAUCCAAGUGGCUGUUGAGGCAGUUGUUGCAGCGUGCUACUCUCUUCCCAAAGACCAGGGAAUCACCCUGUGCAAGCUGGUACGGAGCACCACUGUGGACAUUGUGGAUGGCAUGGCUCAACUCCUGGAAGUGCUUACCUUCACUCCUGCUCAGAGCCCUGAGAACAAGGACCUUAUUUCAUGCAACAGUGUCUGGAUUGCCUGCCAGCAGGUGCCUCAGUUACCAAGAGAUAACAAAGCUGCUGUCCUUUUAACGCUGACAAAGAGUGUGGAUUUUGUGAAGGAUGCACUUGAGGAAAUGGAGCAGGCUAUGGAAGAAUGUGACCCUUACUCUGGCCUCAUGAAUGACUCUGAGGAGGACAACUUUGGGAAUGACCAUAGAGUAGACUUUGGUGACAGUAAUGAUGCUGAAGAGGAUGCAUUGGGGUUUCCAAACAAUCAGGAUGUAUGCUGGUCAGAGGAAGAUCAGGAGCUCCUAAUCCCCUGCCUUGCACUGGUAAAGGCAUCCAAAGCCAGUCUGAAGAAAAUCCGGAUCCUAGUGGCAGAGAAUGGGAAGAAGGACCAGGUGGCCCAGCUGGACGACAUUGUGGCUAUUUCUGAUGAGAUCAGCCCCAGUGUGGAUGAUUUGGCUCUGAGCACAUAUCCACCCAUGUGCCGGCUGACUGUGCGAAUCAAUUCUGCAAAACUUGUAUCUGUAGUAAAGAAGGCACUUGAAAUUACAAAAGCAAGUCAUGUGACCGCUCAGCCAGAAGAUAGUUGGAUCCCAUUACUCAUUGCUGCCAUUGAUCAUUGCAUGAACAGAAUCAAGGAACUCACACAGAGUGAACUUGAAUUAUGA